GCCGCUGAGAAGAUCCUCUGGGUGACGGCGAUGCCCGGAGCGCGAGGCAGGCGCGCGGCCGCUGGCGGGACCGGAGACCCUGAGAUACCUGAUGAUUUCCUGGCCACUGAGAUGUUUUGAGUGCUGAAAUUUUCUUUCUAACAAUGAAUGGUUCAGAAUCACUGCCCUUGACUGGAAUUUCUAAUGUUACCUGUCCCACAGAAAAAAAAAUCUCAGUAUUUUUUUCUGUCAUCUUCAUGACAGUUGGAAUUUUAUCCAAUAGCCUCGCAAUAGCAAUUCUCAUGAAAGCGUAUCAGAGGUUUAGGCAGAAAUCAAAAGCAUCUUUUUUGCUCUUUGCCAGUAGCUUGGUUAUCACAGACCUGUUGGGCCAUCUCAUCGCUGGAACUAUUGCAGUAUUUGUAUAUGUAUCUGAUAAAGACUGGAUUAGAUUUAAUCAAUCAAAUGUUCUCUGCAGUGUUUUUGGUAUCUGUAUGGUGUUCUUUGGACUUUGUCCUUUAUUUCUGGGCAGUGUGAUGGCUGUGGAACGCUGCAUUGGAGUGACAAAACCAAUAUUUCAUUCAACAAAAAUGACUUCUAACCAUGUAAAAAUGAUAUUGACUAUGGUAUGUUUUUUUGCUAUUUUCAUAGCUUUGCUGCCUAUACUGAGGUUAAGAGCCUAUCAAAUCCAGGCAUCAAGAACCUGGUGCUUCUAUAAAACAGAACGUAUUGAAGAUUGGGAAGACAGAUUUUACCUCUUACUUUUUUCAUGCUUGGGUUUGCUGGCCCUCGUUAUUUCAUUUUUGUGCAAUGCUGUGACAGGAAUUACACUUUUAAGAGUCAAAUUUAAAAGUCAACAUAGACAAGGCAGAUCUCAUCAUUUUGAAAUGAUAAUUCAGCUCUUGGCUAUAAUGUGUGUCUCUUGCAUUUGCUGGAGUCCGUUCCUGGUAACUAUGGCCAACAUUGGAAUAAGUGAAAAUAGCUCCUGGGAAUCCUGUGAAACUAUUCUUUUUGGUCUUCGAAUGGCAACAUGGAAUCAAAUAUUAGAUCCAUGGGUAUAUAUUCUUUUGAGAAAAGCCGUUCUUAAAAAACUGUAUGAGAUUGCUAGGAGAUGUUGUGGAGUACACCUCAUUAAUUUGCAUACAUGGGAACUCAGCUCCAUUAAAAAUUCUUUAAAAGUGGCAGCAAUUUCAGAUUCGCCAAUUAAUUCCAAGCUGACAAACCAACAGCUACUCAAUACAACAGUGCCAUAAAGUGAAACAUAGAGAAUCGUGAAAGUAAAAGGUUAUGAUUGUUGUAUACUUUGAAACUGAUAGAACCUGAGA